UCGGAUUACCUGUUGAGUCGCUCCUGAGUCAUUGUGACGGAUGGACGGGUCCACUGCAAGAAAAUUAGGAGGGGGGUCGACUUCAUUUUUUAAUUCGUCUCGCUUGAUUGUGCUUUACAGUGCUUUAAUACCUUACCUUGGUCAGGGUACCGUCGUCUUAUCGGCUUUAGUGUGCUAUUGUCAGAAGAAAAACAGUUUUGAAUUGUGCUUUCAUGACUGUUUUGUUAAUACGUUGGCAUAACCCUGAAGGUUGAAUCCUCAUCACGGAACUUUUUCUUUAAUAACCACUGUAAGUGCAAGUCAAGCCGAGGUCACAACACAAUGCAGCCUACAGGAAAAGAGUUCAGUUCCUCUAUUGAUGGAUCCAACAUGGCGGCGGCGCGGGAAGCAGUGAGUCUUCAGACCAAACUAACGGACGAUUUCCUGGUCUGUGCCAUCUGUAUGGACACGUUUGUCCGCCCGAAAGUGUUACCGUGCCAGCACAGGUUCUGUGCGGCGUGUCUGACGAGCUACGCCGCCGGGAGAAGCCAGUUUCCCUGCCCGUUGUGCCAGCAGUGGGUAGACCUGCCGUGGGGAGGGGUGGACGCUCUGCCCGUAGACUUCCUCGUCAACAGUCUCGUUGAGGCCGUUCGGGAAUCUGAAGACGCGGAGUCUCGUAAGGGAUGUGACGUCCACGGGGAGGCGGUGUCGCUCUACUGUCAGGACUGCGAGGCGGCCGUGUGUCCCACCUGUCUGGUGGAGGACCACAACGGACAUACCAUGGCCAAACUCACCGAGGUGGCCGAACAGAAACGUGCCAAGCUGAAGGCCUCCCUCAGCAGCAUACAAGAGGAGUGUCAGGAGUGGAAAGCCUCAGGGGAAAAGUACUGGAAUGAGAUUCAGGCAGGCCUGACUGCAGAGAAAGACCACGCAGCAAGGGACAUCAACGCAGCAGCCAGGAGGAUAAUUGAACAGGUGACCCACGAUAAGGAGGCCAGACUGCGAGAACUCCACACGACGUUCACCUCCCUCUCCGAUGCCGUGGAGAAGAAGAAGCACCAGUUCCUCAACUCUUCCAAGCAGCGCGAAAAGACUCUAGACAGCAUCGCCGAUGACAUCUCCAAGGGCCACGUGGUGGACCUGGUCCGACAGGAGGAGGAGGUUUAUAGCAAAAUUAACCAGCAGAAGAGGGAAGGCUUCCCCACGCUCCCGUGGAGUAACCCCAAACCUUCCAUCCGAUUCCAGCCCUUCCCUCCCCACCCGAACACUACCAUGGUGGGGUAUCUCUUCUCCAUGAAUCCGUGGCUGCAGAAUCAGCAGCCGUUCGACUACAGUCAGCACCAGCACCAGCCAAGGUUCCCCACCAACCCUCUGAAUGUUUCGUCCGCAAACGUGCUGCCGGUUCCCGGCCCGUCGUUUGCCGACCCCUUCUCAGGUUCACAGUCUUUGUUCUACUCAGGACAGCCUCAUCAGCCGUUCCACGCGUUUCAAGAGCAAUACGGCGCAGGCGGCUCCAGGUCCGCCUUCGUGCAAUACCCGACAACACAGUCCCACUGAUUCAUGUGCAUGGUAAAACACAAUUCAACUUACACUGGUCACUUUUGAUGUGGAAAGUCAAUGAAAAUUGCUUUGAAUCUUUAAAUGGUUUGUAAACCAAUUUGACAAUUGCAUUGAAUAAAUUUGCUGUAAUAUGGACUAUUAAGGGGAGAAAGUUGCCCCAAAUUAUUUGACCUGAAUCCAUCCAGUACACCAAGAAACAAGUUGAUACUUAGGGCUUCAAACACAGUCCUUGAGGUUGGAAAAAUGACUUUUCAAAUCAGAAAUGACCAAUGUUGAAUUGCCAGACAUAGGCAUUAAAGCAACCUUGUCUACAGGACAGGACAGAACAGUCUUCUCCCUCUUUGAUACAAGUUACUGUUUAUCCAAUUAUUUACCUCUAGUAUAUAGACUAUCAUGGAGUUGAUAUUGUUAUGAAAGUUGAUCUGUGUUGAUAGUUAACAUUAUUGAUAAUAGACAGCAGAACUUUGUUCCAACACAUAAAAUACAAUCAUAGGACUUGGAAAAAGGCUGUAGUAGGUCAGCCAAAGAAUUGGUGCAAGUAUUUUAAUGUGUUGGAAGUUCAGCUAUUUACUGAGUUGUUCUUGUGUUUGUAUGGAUUUUAUGAACGUUUUGAAAAGAGAAUAACCUUAGGUAUUAAGUUAGAGGUUCAGGCCAGGUGAUCGCAGCACUGAAACUGAAGCAAUCCAGGUGUACUGAAUUUUGCAUACCAAAGUUAUAGCAAUAUUGCAGGUAGGCGCACCUGCCGGCUCAGGUGUUUUGCCACCUGCUGAGCAAUUGUCUUUGAUGUCUUUUCUUCUUAUACUUUUUAUGGAUAAGACCAGAAGUGCUUUUUUUAUUUGUUAUGAAAAUCCAACACCUUUCUAUAACCUCAAGUGCUUUUGUUUGUAAGAAAAGAAGCAAAAAUUGCUGUUGGUGCAAAAGUUAGCUCAUCCACUGUUAGGCCACACCAAUGUUAUUCAUUAGUUAGUCGUUUUUUUCCAAGGUAUCUUCAAUAACAGUAAUGUGUGAAUGGAUAAAGCCAUUGUGAGAAUGAAUUGAACUUCCCAAAAAAUGUCACUAACACUUUUAAAAUCACUGAAUCUUAACAUGGUAAGUUUAUCAUUUGAGAACAACAUGUAAAAGAACAAAGUUUAAUGUUAAAGAACCACUACACAAACUAAAAGAGGCAAAAAUUAUGGUACAUCAAAGUUCUGUUCAGAGGUGGCGAGUUUUGCCACUGAUAAUUAUCUGUGACACAAUUCAAAUUCAGAUUAAGGUUAUAUGCUUCAAUUGCCUGUUAACUUUGAGAAUCAAUUAGUACAUUGGUGUGGCCCCCAACCUCUCUUGAGGUUGUAUUUACACUUCAAAUGUUUUGGUCAGCAGAUCCUAAAUUGUGCAGUCAAAUCUAACAAUCUGUUGGAAAAUGGUCACAAUUACAGGAGAUCUUGGGAAAAAAUAACCUAGGGACCAUUCUAAUCCAGUGGUCUAUAUGAAACAGUGGUCAGACAGUUUUGGUAUGACUGUAUAUGUACUGCUAUUUCCUGAUGUGUCCUGUUGUAUAGGAAUUUUAAGUAUUUGACGUAACAUUGUCUAAUAAUGUGGCAAUAGUCUAAGUUGUAGUUUUCUUUCCAAGGUAAUGGCUGUUGAAUUCAAUGCCUUCAUUUAGACUUGAUUGCCAUAAAGCUAGCUAUCUCUGCAUUUUAAUCAUGAAUGUUCAGAGAUUUUUUUAGCUUUUGCAUGUUUUUAUAGAUCUUAUAAACUGUACAUAGUGUCAUAUGAGAGACUUGUAGUCACACAAAGUUGUAUGUUAGUGUAUGUUACUGUCACAGUGGUAAAGUGCUCUGUUCCCGUGUACCAAAAUGAGAGACUAUACAAAUGUUGUAUUACAAAUUAAUUACAAAUGUCUUUUUAUUAUUCCAACAUAAAGAUAUCUUCAUAAUACUAUUACAGAUAAACACAUACCAUACACCCUCACUAAAAUCAAAACUGUCAAUAUAUACCUUUGGUGACUAGCUUACUGAUAUUGUGUGUCUUGAAUGAUCUUAAUUGUACAAAAUGUACUUCAUGCAGAAUCCUACAUGUACAUGCAUAGAAUGAUUGUUGAGAUAGUAAUAAUUGUUUUAUGUUACAUAAAAUUUGAUAAUAGCACAACUUACCAACAUCAAGUUCUUAGUAGACUUUCUUGCAUUCAAGUGUAAAUUGUAAUUAUAUUUCCAUGCUUUGCAUGUUGCAAUUUUCUUGGUAAAUAACCUCAGUUAUGGGAACCAGCCCUUGUUGCAUCAGUUUGCGUCAAAUAUCCAUGCCUUUAAUAUUUUGAUAUAUAUGACUGUAAAACUCUGAUUAUAAUUGUCAGAACAAGGCAUGGUGGUUAGGGGUGGGAGGGGUUCUACAAAAUUUCAGUACAGCAAUUUAAUUUUUUUUAGUUAACAAUUACCUUUUCCCUGUUUUAAACUUAUAACAUUCUUGUGCAGAUAUUUUUUUCUCACAAUACCCUGAUGCAGAUACUUGUAUUUUUAAUUUCUUACCCUCCUACUGUUUCUCAUCACUCCUUACCACUAACAUUUAUACUAACACAACUAUCAAAAUCUAGAAUCAUGCUUUGUACAAGGUCAGAUUCUUGUAUUUUCAAUUUUGAGAAAAUUCCUUGGCUUUCACAUAAUUUUGGUUCAUUCAAACACACAAGUUACAUGUAGGUUGAUUCAAACACACAAUCAGUUUAAUUGCAACUGCAAGUAGCAACAUGACAUUGUCACAUUGUUAGAAACUUGCAAGUUUCUAACUUGCAUAGUUGCAAAGGCACUUCUUUCAAAGUUCCAUUAAAGCAGUAAAAUAUUGGAUAUCUAUCUAUCGUGUAUUUGCAAUUGAGUUUUAGGAAUUUGGAAUUUCAUAUCACUUAAUAUUCCUUUUGUACAAAUUCUCGAUUAUAUUUCACAGUCUUUAUUAUUGUUUGAAAUUUACAAUACACAAUGUACAUGAACUUGAGUCAAUCAAGAAUUGGAAUGGAUAAAACGAUUUUGAAAGAUCAUAAAAUGGACCAUGUUAUCA